AUACUUUUUGUACAGUUUAAAACAAUGAUGUCCUUAUUAAAUAUUUCCUAAAAUCCCCAUAAAACAUGCAAAUACUGUUUGGAGGGAAUGAACAUUAUGGGUGGCGCUUAUCGUCCCGCGUCAACGUGCCCUGGACCAAUCAGAAUGUCUUUUGUUGGUUCUACAGCAGCCACAUAUGAACGAUCGUAGCGUUGUGGAGCUUGUGUGUUUUUAGCCCAUUUAUAUGUUAUUUGUUUGUUUUAGAUGAUACUUCGGAAAUUGCGCACUACACCUUUACCGCACGUCAGGGGGACUUUUACUUUGUCGAAAUACAAACAAGGGUUUGCGGCAAGCGAAGGCUGCGCCAUAACAUAACAUAUGCAGCUCUGCUUAGCGUCUCUGAGCCUGUGAGCGUUUCUAACGUGUCAUAGAUACCUUAGCAACACAUUGACAAAGAUUAGGGAGCGGGAUUGUAGUUCACUGGAUGCGAUUGUCUUGGUUUAAUUUUAAGGAACGCAAUGAGCGGUAAAAUGGAUGAGGAGAACAUCAUGAGGAUGACGAAGGAAGAGCUCCAGCGCUGGAUCCAAGCAGAGGUGGAGAGAAACCCUCAGCUGAUGCAGAGACAUGAGCAGCUGGCGCAGGUGGAGGAAUGGGUCAAACAGAAGGAAGGAGAGGCCAGCUAUACAAGACUGAUGUACAGCAAUGCCUACGAAUCUGUCCUUGAGUGCGAGUCGGUGAUGAAAGGUCUUUAUGGGAUGCUGGGACUAGAGUACCGAGAUGAGGACUCGGAGGAAGAAGGAGGAUUCAGAGAACCACGGGAUGUCAUUCAGAUCACAGACGAUGAGGACACUGGAGAGAAAAAGAGGGCCUGUGAUAAUGAUAAUGACCUUGUUGUCGUUGAUCUGGAUGCUACUAAAGAAUCCUUGGAGCCGAUGCUUGAAAAGGUGACUGUGGCCAUGGAGAGAUCCUCCAAACUAGUGCAGGAUUUAGUGGAGAUGGUGACCAAAACAUCUUGCGGAAGAACCGAGUCAUCAUUAGACAUCUCCAUUAGACCUUCGUCAACCUUGACUCCCGAGACCAGCUCUUCUGAAUCUCCGAAAUCUGCUCAAUGUUCUUCCCCAAUGAAUCAACAACCGAGGACUGACAACUCUUAUGCAAUAAUUAAAACGGAAUCUUUAUGGAUGGCAACGACUCCUUUCUUGCUUUCCAACAGUCCAGAAGAACCUGAAACUAUCGGGACUCAUAAUACAGAGUUCACAUCGAAGAUCAAGACUGAACCUCCAUGUGAAACAUCUUCACUUCAGAACAACUGUAAGGAUCAUAAAACUACCUAUCCAUCCAUAGCAUCAAUUAAAACCGAACCUGAACUGAUGGAAGUGACUCCAGACAAUUUUUUUCCUUCGAGCAGUUCUAUGAACGCAAUUAAAUCUGAACAUGAUUUCAUGCCGGUGAUUUCAAAAAUUUCAUCGCUUUCAAGUGACUUUGAAGCAAACAGAGCAUCAGUUAAGAUUGAACCUCAAUCUACGCCAGUGUCUUCAGAAAUGUCUCUUCCUGAAACGAUUGUGAAGCAUAACUCAGAUUCCAUAUCAACACUAAAGACUGAACCUUCAUUUACAAUAUUAAAAAGCGAACAACCCGAAACGAUUCCCAGUCAUGGUCCAGAUCGCAUUAAAACCAAACCUCAAUUAACAGGAAUAACUUCUGAAACGUCUUCGCUAGCAAGCGAUUUAGAACAACCCGAAACUAUUCCAGAUUGUAAUUCCGCACCAGACAAAACUUCUGGAAUGUCUUCGCCGAGGAACUCCGAGCUAGACAACGCUAUUUCCCCUGAUGAGUCGACAUCUGCGGACAAGGCGGCAACUGAACAAAGGCAUUCUUCUAAAUCCCCCGAGCCCUCAGAAAAAGCCAAAUCUAGGCUGAGAUCUUCAUCAACUGCUUCUUCAAACACUCCCAGCUCACGGAAAGAAACGACUCGACCAUCUUCACGUCUCGACGAAUCAGAUGACGCAGAGGAGCCGUGCAGCCCUGCAAGCAGUGAUGACUCGUAUCACCCUCCCUCAAAAUCAUCCAAAAAUGACGAAUCGGAUGACACAGAAGAUCCUGACAGCGCUGCACACAGUGAUGACUCUUAUCAACCUCCCUCAAAAUCAUCUAAAAGUAAAGCUAAGAAAAACACAAGCAAGGUGACCAGCCCAUCUUUAAGAAUCACAAAGCCUUUCACAGCUCCCGCCGCUGCUGCUCCCGCUUCCACUGCUGCUCCCGCCGCGGCUCCACCUGCCUCCUCUGCCAAACCCUCAGAUGCAAAACAAAUUUCCACGGCCUCGUCCGGCAUCUUUCCAGAGUUACCUAAAGAGGUGGAACUACAGGUCGACACGGUUGUGUUAGCAAAGGUGAAAAGCAAUAUGUGGUAUCGAGGAAAAGUGGUGGAAACCAAAACGGAAGAGAAUGGCCACAGGUAUAAGAUAGAGUUUAAGAAUGAUAAGAAGUGUCUGAUUCCGGCUCAUCACGUGGCCUUUCUAAAGCCUCCCCUGCUGAAGGAUCUAUUUAUUGGCUGUCGGGUUGUGGUCAGCUUCAAAGAUGAGCAAGAGAAGAUGCAUUUCGAUGCCGCUGUGCUGGUUGAACUUCCAGAUCGCAGGAAUCGUAUGAGGUUUUUGGUGUUUUAUGACUAUGGCCAGGCAAAAUAUUUGGCUCUACCAGACCUGCAUCUUGUCUGCAAACAGAUCAAACAUGUUUGGAAAGACAUUGAGGAUGAGACAUGCCGGACGCAGGUGAAGGAAUAUCUCAGUGUCUAUCCCAACCCCAUUGCUGUCGUGCUUCGGAUUGGUCAAGACACAAAGGCGAAACGUAAUGGCAAGUUUGAGUCUUGCUCGGUUCACCAGUUGGAUGGAAGCCUGGUCCAGAUUAGCUAUAAGAGUGACAAACACAAAGAGUGGGUGUAUAAAGGCUCGGACAAGUUGGAACACAUUGUUAAUAUCAAAAAGCGUCUGGCUCAACAGAAACAGCAAGGGUCCACUGGAAACAAUACCUCAGCGUCUUCUGCUUCAUCACAUGCACCUCGACAAUCUGAUGUCACAUCCACCACCACCACCACCACAAAACCAUCUCCGAGCCCUCAAAACACCGAUACGUCACCUGCGUCUUCUACACAUGUAACACGACAAACUGGUGGUACCCCCGUCUCCAAAUCACCAUCUCCGAGUCCUCAGAAUAACACGCCUGCUGUGUCUCCCACACCUGCGACACAACAAACGGAUAACGCAGUCGCUAAAACACCAUCUCAGAGCCCUCAAAACACAACGUCGGGUGUGUCUCCCUCACGUGUGACACAACAAACUGCAACCACAAUCACCAGAGCAUCUGCUAUUAGCCUUGAAAAAGCCAAGUUGGCUGCAUUCCAGCCAAAGGUGGUGCUGGAAAAGCUGGCCAUGCCCUUGUCCGUCCCACCAGCUUCUAUACAAACGGUCAAAUCCGCUGUAGCAGUCAGUAACCCGGAGUUGAGAAAUGCAAAGCGACCAGCAGAUGAUGAGGUAGAAGACUAUGUGUCAGAGAAAAACCAGGGAAAGGUUACAAACCUGUUUCAUCGCUGUUGUCCAGCAUGUCUGAAUGGGAUGAGACCGAAACAAGUUGACAUGCUCCGUGGAGAAAAUCCACUUCAGAUUCCAUUGCUUUUUAACUUUCGUCGGAUGACUGCUCGCCGUCGUCUUGAUGGAAAUGUGUUUUUCCACAUUUUCUAUCGGUCGCCGUGUGGGCGGAGCUUGUGCGACAUGCAGGAAGUGCAAAAUUACUUGUUUGAAACGCGUUGCGACUUUCUCUUCUUGGAAAUGUUCUGUAUGGACCCAUUCGUCCUUGUGAAUCGCGCCCGACCCCCUUCCACAUCAACCAGCCAACCUUACCUGUACCUGCCGGACAUAUCGGAGGGAAGGGAGGUUCUCCCGCUGCCCUGCAUUAAUGAGGUGGACCAGACACCUGCUCCUAGAGUCAAAUACACCAGAGACAGAAUUCUGGCUCCGGGUGUCUCCGUCAAUACAAGCUUAGAUUUCAUGACUGGAUGUGACUGUACGGAUGGCUGCCGGGACAGGACAAAGUGUUCAUGUCAUCGGUUGACCAUUGACGCUACGUCCUUAUGCAGCGACGGUCCUGUAGAUGUUACAGCUGGAUACACGUAUAAGAGAUUACAAACCGCCUUGCCAACCGGGGUGUAUGAAUGUAACCCUCUCUGCCGCUGCGACCCCAGAAUCUGCAGCAGCAGGCUGGUUCAGCAUGGCCUGCAGCUGCGGCUGGAGCUCUUCAUGACUCAACACAAAGGAUGGGGCAUCCGCUGCAAAGAUGAUGUGGCCAAAGGAACCUUCGUAUGCGUUUUUACUGGUAAAAUCGUGACGGAAGAUAAAGUGAAUGAAGAUGACAUGGUGUCUGGUAAUGAGUACCUGGCCAAUCUUGACUUCAUUGAGGGGGUGGAGAAACUGAAGGAGGGUUAUGAAAGUGAGGCGCACUGCUCGGACACAGAGAACGAAAGCAGCAAGAAGAACAGUACCAUGAAAACGGGGCCAUUGUGUAAAAAUACUCUCUUUAAAGAGGACUCUAGCAGUGGGGAAGAUAAAGAAGAACCUAUGGAGCUGGGAAAUGAGCAAGAAAAGAUGGAUGUCUGCAACAAGGCUGUUCGUGAGAGAAAGCUAACGCAUAAACCAAAGGAAAAGUCUGAAGGACAAAAGGACUCGGGCCCUAAACGUUGCUUCGCCAUCAAGUCGUUUGAGAGAAGAGUGAAAGCACUAGAAAAAAACGAUCCACGGAAUGUGAAAACUAAGAGAGGACAACCUGGCAACAACACACGCAGACUGUUCGACGGGGAGGAGAUGUGCUACAUCAUCGACGCCAGACAGGAGGGCAACCUUGGGCGUUUCAUCAAUCAUAGCUGCAGUCCCAAUUUGUUUGUCCAGAAUGUUUUUGUGGACACACAUGACCUCCGGUUCCCCUGGGUUGCGUUCUUUGCCAACAAGCGCAUCAAAGCUGGCACGGAGUUGACGUGGGAUUAUAACUAUGAGGUGGGCAGCGUGGAAGGCAAGGUUCUGCUCUGCUGCUGUGGUUCAUCACGGUGCACAGGACGGCUGCUCUGAUCUUUGAUCUUAACAUCAAACACUACAUGUCUUUUUUGAGAUGAUAAUGUUGUCAGACGCCUACUGUCUGAAAUGGACAUUGGAGGCUAAAAGAGCAUCCCAAUAAUAAGACUCCUUCAAUAAGAAUUAGUUUGUUGUUUUAUUUUUGUUUGUUUUUAUUAUUCUUAAUGUUCUGUUUAUAUAUCAGGUGUAAAUAAAAUGUUUGAAUAUCAAAAUGAAUAAAAAUUAUCUUUUGCAUCA